AUGGAAAGGUCUUUUCAUGGCAAGAAGUACUGCAUUCUGGGCCUCGGACAUCCCCUACUGGACAUUCAGGCAAACGUAAGUGGCAAACUUCUCAAAAAGUAUGGUGUACAAGCUAAUGGCGCCACGCUCUCAGGACCUGACCAAAAGGGUCUCUACGAGGAUCUUCUUGCCAAUUACGAUCUCACAUAUGUUGCUGGUGGAUCCGCACAGAACACUAUGCGAAUGCUUCAGUGGCUGCUUCAAGACUCGGGAAGGAUCUGCUGCUCGUACUUGGGUUGUGUGGGCGAUGACAAGUCUGGUGAAAUUCUACUCCAGAACAUGGAGGCAGCUGGAGUGCAGACGGUGUAUGAGGUAUCAGACACACUGCCCACGGGUGUCUGUCUGGUUUUGGUGUCUGGUUCGAACCGAUCUCUUGUGACGUCGCUUGGAGCAGCCGCAGUAUUCUCCUCGGAUUUCCUUCGUGAAAAGCCAGCAUGGGACAUGGUGGAGCAGGCCUCGAUGUACUACUUUCUGGUAAGUUAACGCGUGUAGAUACGUGUAUCAAUAAUGGAUUUGCCUUGUGGAUGCACUUGAAGUGCUUAUGCGUGUUGUGAAUAAGGGGGUGGAUUAGCAUUGAAAACUUGCAUUGUAGGAAAUUUGAUUUUGUUCCCGUCUCCGGAACUUUGCUCUUGUCCAUCAUCAGCAAUUCAGGGAGUGAAGUAGGUUAAAGUGUUCAAGGGCUGACCCAGACCAAUCAGAUUCACUCCUGCGGAUGGUUCAAUGGAUCUUAAUAGCGAUCAUGGGGCCGGUCCGAGUAGGGUGUCGACCCAUCUACUUAUUGGUUUAUGAGCGGAUUACGCCGUUCUUAUUCGUCUUCACGCAGUCCUGCUCAGACUCGUUUAUUUCUCGUGGCGAAGGCAAAAUCGAAGUUGCGACUUUUUAUAGACUGUCAGUAGGCGUGGAAGAUAAUAUGUCUCCCUUUCAAACUACCAUUUGAUGUGCGUGCGACCUGAGAUCAAGCUCUCACGCCGUUCGGCCUGUUUACUUGAAAUUUCGGCCGUCGUUACCGUCGAUGUCUGCUGUGUGCUCCUCAGCGAGGUAAGAACGGGCACAGUAACUUGCGCGUGAACUAUUUUAUAGCGAUAGCAGACUUUCGAAGCGGCUAUCACACUCUCCUCUUCCUCCUCCACGCGGGUCAAGAAGGCCACAAGCGGGAGAGGUCGAAGGUGGCUGGCACGGCCGUACCCACACUUUGGCGCUUAACUGCACACACCCUGGUCCACAAGAAACGCUUAAUUAGGAUUUUAAACAACGACAAAUAGUGCGGGGGGGGGGGAGAGAGCGGCGGCAAGGAUCCCAAUGUACGCGGUAUGAGCCUGCAGGUGGGCCUGCUAUCACACCUCAAAUUUUGGCAUUUGUUAUGGACGUGCAUUUCCGAUAAUGUCUGCCAGAAUUCCGUGUGACCCCCGUGUUGGUCCAACGUAUCUACCGCGUGGCCCCUUUUGGGGGCAUUGCCUGUUUACUAACAGGUGCGGACAGCACAUGAAUUGCGACCCAUACUACACGACCUCUCACCUGGGUCUUGUCCGAUGUUAGUGUGCGUGCUUUGGCUGCUUUCCUGGGCCACCCGGCCUAUCAAUCAAGAAGUUGUGGACAGUGUUUUCUGCGGCCUCAGACGCACUUCUUGUGUUUACGGGGUCCGCGCCAGACGGUGGUAGCCACCGGUAAAUCGGGCUCCGGAGCCACCCCGAUUUACAUUCGCCUCUCCUCUUUUACCUGUCCCAGGACAUUCGAUCAUCGUAUGAGUCAAUUCAGCCAUACGCGCCUCCAUGUAAGUCUUGAGUGAAAAACCACACCUCAGACCCCAUCUCGGCUACUCAGGUUUUCUUGGACUACUUAUGAUCCUACUCGAAAAUACCCACGUCCGCGCCAAUCACGUACGAUAAUGUCGCCAUUCUGCACCAAGCAUGCUGUCGACUUUUCCAUUCCCGUUAUGGCGGACAAAACAUCGAAAGUCAGGACAUGCACAUCUCUGUUGCAUGUGGAGCAGGUUGUUUGUGAGAAAUACGUGGACGAACUGUUUUAUUCUGUCACCCACUACACCCAGUUUAAUCAUCGGUGGAGACUCAAACCUCUGUGUCUGGGGCUCAGGUUACGUUUCUCAUUAAGCUGAUCAAUUUGAUUGAAGGUUUCAUCCAGUGAGAAGGAACUCGGCUGCUGAAACAAGAAUUUAAUUCGCCUGACGUUUCGGAAUCAUAAUCGAACCCAUUAUUAAGGUCUGUAUCAGGUGAGGGUGCAAUCUCUAAUGAUGGUUUCGAGUGGGAAUCUGAUGCCGUAUCCCUCGUCCUACCUGCUUCUCGGAACUCACAUCUUUCUAUGUAUCGGCGUCAUUUACGUCUGACCACCCUUCGUCGCCGAAAUGCGUAGCGAUCAGUUAAGCCCACCGAUACGUUGCUUCCAAGAUUUGAUGAACUUCCUCAGAUCUCCAAAACAUAAGACUCACACAGGCCAAUAGUAGCGUUGAGAUGAGCCCUACCGGGACGAAUGGAGAAAACAGACCACUCAGUAUUGAUAUUCCCCCGAAGAUAUCUAAAGCUUUCAUGAGAUAAGUCGAUCAUGAAAGGACUAGCAUGCAAGGAAGAAGGGGAGACUUUGUUGGUAAUCAUUAGACGAAGUCGCGACGAUUGACGACUUGUUUGCAGGUCAACAAGUCGAGAAAUUCAGGAAUGACAAAUGGGCGGUGAAUGGGCUCUUGACCGUUAAUGAGAAGACCGUUUUCAAAUGACCAGACCCGGGACAUGAUUGAAGCCUUCCAAUAGGAAGUUGAAGAUCAUCCUUUUUUGACACGGUGAACAAGAACACAUUAUCGGCACACUUGUGCCCCUGAAACGGGUCGCGCGGUAGAUGCUGUAGACCAACACAGCAUCUAUAGCAUUGAAGCCAGGCAGGCGUUAUCGGGAAUACGCACCCAUAACAGAUGCCAACAUUGUGCUGCAGCGGCAAGGCCAGUUGCACACUCACGUCGCGCCACUCGGGAUCCAUGCUGCCCCCAUUUUCUUGGUGUACAAAAUCCUGGUCAGUGUCCGUUGUGCACCAGGAAAGUGUGGUAGUACGCCUUUGUGCGGGCUUUCGCCGUGCCAGACACCCGCGUCCUCUUCCAUCUCCGGUCUUCUCGACUCUGUCUGGACGCCGGAUGCAGGUGGGGAGGAGGAGAGGGUGCAGUAG